AUGCUACAAUGUUUCAUCGACUCAAAGUACAAAGACGGUAGAGAGACAAGUGAGUCUGAAGUCACUGGCUUGCUCAUUGCUGGUUUGUUCGCAGGACAACACACGAGCUCUAUCACAGCCACAUGGACCGGUGCUUAUCUCAUACAAAACAAACACCACAUGUCAAACGUUUUGGACGAGCAGAAGGAACUGAUUGGAAAAUAUGGAGACAAGAUCGAUUACGAUGUUUUGUCUGAGAUGGAUGUUCUUUUCCGUUCCAUCAAAGAAGCUUUAAGGCUUCAUCCUCCAAAGAUUUUACUCCUUAGAACAGUACACAGCGAUUUCAGUGUGACAACUCGAGAAGGAAAGCAAUAUGAGAUCCCAAAGGGUCAUAUUGUUGUAACUUCGCCUGCGUUCGCUAAUCGAUUGCCUCAUGUGUACAAAGAUCCUGAAAGUUUCGAUCCGGAUAGAUUCUCAAAGGGAAGAGAAGAGGACAAAGCAGCUAGUGCAUGUUCAUACCUCUCUUUAGGAGCGGGCAGGCGAGUGUCCCGGUGGGUCUUUCGCAUACUUGCAGAUCAAAACCGUAUGGAGUUACUUAUUGAGGAACUUUGA